AUGGAUUCUUGGGCGCUGCGACAACGGCAACGGCAACGACAACGGUCCUUCGUCUCGUCACCCCAUUCCGACGUUGGGUCCAGUGACAGACAGUCAGUCGCCAGUCAUCAGGAGAUCAUAUCGCAUGGCAGGGCAGGCAUCGCAGUAAACAGUAUCGAUACGACGUUCGGGGCAGAAGAAGAAGAACCAGUUACCAAACAAGAGAUUCCCCGGCUACGCACAGGCCGCGCGCAUAUCGUCAGGGCGCGCCGCGUCCCACACAGCCUGCGCUUGGGCCAGGAAAUGGAAAAUCCCCUGGAGAAGUUCUCUACCCUACCUAGGCUAUUUGUCCCGAAGGUUCGAUCUGUGGUGGAGGUAGAUAGCCGGUUUCUCCAGGUCGGGCUCGCCGAAUGA